AUGGCAUCCGACUUUGUCGGCUACACAGUCCUCGUGACCCUCAGUUCACCUCCUAACUCACAAAUACGAGGGACAGUCGCAAACAUUCUUGGCCAGCGCCUGACUUUACAUGAUGUGACGCUCUUGUGGAAUGGCCAACAUUUCCCGUCCUACACCAUUGAUGCUGCUGGAAUAGCAGAUCUCGAGGUCUCCAGUUCACAGGCUCAAGCUCCAUCUCACCAUCCAUCCGCUCCAAACGUUCCACAAACCGCUAGCACCCAAUUGAGAUAUUCUCAGCCGCCACCUGUACCUCAACGACAACCUUUUGUCGACCCAGCGAUAGUAAGCUUCUCGGCAGCACCUAGCAACCCAGUCACUAAACAAACGCCUGUGGCGGCUCUACUCUCAAGGACUGAUUCUUUCUUGGGUUCGACCUCCAGUGUGCUCUCGGUCGACACCGCGCAUCCACCACAAACAACCGAAAGGCAUGAUUCCACCGUAACUGCGAUCUUGACUGAGCCAUUCAGUAGUAUUACUCUUGAUAAGGCCGUCGACAUAGAGGAAGAAGCAGUAAAUGAGGUGCCUUUUGGCAAUUCUGGGAAAGGUUCUACAAAACGAGGCAAACGAGGAGGACGCAAUAAAGGGCAAGAUCAUAGUGGAAAUGGAUGGCGGCAGACAGCAUUCGUUGAACCAGCUCGGCCGAGACUUCAUACAGGUUACCCUGCCGAUGAUGAUGUUAUCCAAUCGCGUGGGAAACAUCGAAAAAACAACCGCAAAGCUUAUGCGGAGAAUUCGAAUGGGUGGGCAACCGAAGAUGCGACGGAUAUACAGGAACUCGGAGACUUCGAUUUCCAGGGGAAUUUAUCAAAAUUUGAUAAGAGGCGCGUUUUUGAUGAGAUCCGAAAUGACGAUACCACCGCCGACGAAGAUCGUUUGGUAAGCUUCAAUAAAAGACCAAAACCCGGCACAAACGGCGGCAAGAAUCUACACUGGUCAGAGAACGUCCUAGACAGCACACUAGCUCAGUGGAACAGUGAAGCAGGCGAAACCGAAACCGAAACCAGUGAUGAUAAAUUCAGCAGCGGGAACUAUUCCAAUCGCGACAGGUCUAAACCACCCGGGAAAGCCCAGCUCACAAAAAAGAGUAGCCUCGUUUUGGGCCAAGCUGCGAUGUCAGCGUCUUUCGGAUCGGUCGGCCGUGGCUCGAUUCCAUCCCCACGAAAUAUCAGUCCGAUGCCUAAUCGACAAUCUGGAAGAGUGUCACCGCCCAAUGGAACCAAUGGACCCUCGACCGGCAGUUUGCGUUUAACAACCACUAACCGGUUAUGUCCAACUGUCAGCCCGCUUCAAAUGCUUGAAGUCGAACAAUUAGCCGUGACUGAGCUUGGUCUGACUGAGGAUAUGAUUGUUGAGAAUGCUGGUCGUGGAAUUGCCGAAGCUGCUGUGGGUCGACUCGGGAGCGAUGCGGCUGCACCUGCUGUCCUUGUCCUUACCGGAAACCAUCGUACGGGUGGACGAGCAAUAGCCGCUGCACGACAUCUGAAAAACCGAGGGCAUCGAGUCACACUGUGCCUUCUAGGUUUAGAGCAUGAAACAGAACUACUGGAAAAUUGCCGCAAGCAAUUGGAGAUAUUCAAAAAGAUUGGUGGGAGAGUGCUACGAUGGGAGGAGCUUUCGGCUCGUCUUUUGACCCCUGAUUUCAGCGUUGAUUUAGUGAUUGAUGCCCUAUUCGGUAUGCACAUUGCCUUUGAAGAUCUAAGGAGCGACGACCAAGCCACAGCUUGUGAGAUGAUUGCUUGGGUCAAUCGCAGCAACCUAGUAGUCAUAUCCGUGGAUAUACCCUCGGGUAUUUCUGCUGCAACUGGUGAUGUAGGCAUUAUACAGGGUUCCCGACUUUCAAUGGUUUCAGACUUCGUCGUCUGCUUGGGGGCGCCUAAGACAGGAGUUAUGCAAGCACUACAAUCCGGGGAAGGUAACUCAUGGCAAAUCACAGUGGCAGACAUCGGUAUCAGCCAUGUAGUGUGGAGGAAGUACGGUACACGUCGUCGGCAUGGUGUUGACUUUGGCAAUCGCUGGGUUGUUAACUUGAAGUAUCAGCCAGCAGCAGCAUGA